UUGCACUUAUGUUCUAUUUGGAUUGAGCGACGAGGAGAGAGAAUAGAGGUGAAAGGGGAAUGUUGAUCCUGCAUGAUUUUGGUUUGAUUACCGAGUUAAACUACCGUUGGCAGACCCUUCGAAUUUUCCUCUGAUCUGGGUAAGCUUCUUUAGGGAAUGUGAAUUCCCUGUCAGUCAUUGAAAGAUUUCUGGGUCGUUUUUCACUGGGGAGAUCUGCAGGUGUUCACAAAGCCUCUUGGGAAAAUCGUUGUUUGCGCUUCAUGCCAUAAUGUAUGGCUAGGGAGUGAUGAGACAGUAUCGACUUGAAUCUUUCAACUAUCACGCUUAUUUUUGGAUUGUCAUUUAUGACUUGGAUGUGGCAUUAUUUGCUCUCUGUGGCGCUGUUGAUAUUGGACAUAACAAUUUUACGCGGGAAUUAUGUGCACAGAUAUGAUAGAAAACUAGAUCGGGAUUUUCGUCUGUCGUUGGGAAUAGUGAGAUAUGUUCCAUGGUGAAACUACGGGAUUGACACACGGAUACCCCUCUGACUCUCUUAAAUUCCCGGGGCAGCGACAGGCAGGUGCGCGUUGGAAUCGGCGGCUGCGCGCAGCGACUGGGGUCGUGGAUUAGAACCAUACCGUCUGAGGGGAGCGCGUGUCAUGCGGACUCGGGUGUCGCACGCUGGAAGGCUUUAAAACCUGUGGUCAGGAGCUGACAGGCAAGCGGAUAUGGGCUCUGCCAUGCGGCGCCGCUGGCUGAUGGUACCGCUGCUCAUGCAGGUGUGGCUGGCUGCAUCUCCGUCCCUCAGCGAGCGCCCAUGCCCCAAGAGCUGUCGCUGCGAUGGGAAAAUCGUCUACUGUGAGUCAAGCGCCUUUCGUGAUGUCCCCAAGAACCUCUCAGGGGGCUGCCAAGGCCUGUCCUUACGUUACAAUAGUCUGGCCAGUCUCAGAGCCGGACAGUUUGUGGGCCUCAACCAGCUCAUCUGGCUCUACUUGGACCACAACUACAUUGCCUCUGUGGACAUACUCGCUUUCCAAGGCGUUCGGAGGCUCAAGGAGCUGAUCCUGAGUUCCAACAAGAUCACAAUGCUACACAAUACCACUUUCCACCCUGUACCCAACCUCCGCAACCUGGACCUGUCUUACAACAAACUGGCGGCCCUGCAGCCAGGCCAGUUCCAGGGCCUCCGCAAGCUCCUCAGCCUGCACAUGCGCUCCAACUCCUUGAAGAGCAUCCCUGUGCGUCUGUUCCAGGACUGCAGAAACCUGGAGUUCCUGGACCUGGGCUACAACCGCCUGCGCAGCAUCACCCGCAACGCCUUUUCAGGCCUGCUGAAGCUGACCGAGCUGCACCUGGAGCACAACCAGUUCUCCAAGAUCAACUUCUCCCACUUCCCACGCCUCUACAACCUGCGGGCGCUGUACCUGCAGUGGAACCGCAUCCGCUCCAUGAGCCAGGGCCUCACCUGGACCUGGACCUCCCUGCAGAAGCUUGACCUGUCUGGCAAUGAUCUGCAAGAGGUGGAUGCUACGGUUUACCAAUGCCUGCCCAACCUUCAAACACUCAAUCUGGAUUCCAACAAGCUGACCAACGUGUCCCAGGAGACCGUGUCGGCCUGGAUCUCCCUGACCACCAUCAGCCUGGCUGGGAAUGUGUGGGACUGUGGCCCUGUGAUCUGCCCCCUGGUGGUCUGGCUGAGGAACUUCAAGGGGAACAAGGAGACCACCAUGAUCUGUGCAGCCCCCAAGGAGGCCCAGGGCGAGAAGGUCAUGGAUGCCAUAGACACCCACGGUGUGUGUCGGGCUACCACCAUCACACCCCUCAUGGCCAGCACCCCGCCCGCCCCCUCUAACGGCCCAGACCAGACAGAACGCCACCCAGCCUACCCCACGCACCACACCGGAUCUGGGAAGAGGGGAGAGGGAUCCAGAGGUGGCCCUACAUCUCCAGCUGUCACCCCGCCCGUGGUGCCACCACCUGAGCAUGAGUUUGAGCCUGUGUCCUUUCACAAGAUUGUGGCGGGGAGCGUUGCCUUGUUUUUGUCUGUGGCAAUGAUCCUGUUGGUGAUCUACGUGUCGUGGAAGCGCUAUCCCAGCAGUGUCAAGCAGCUGCAGGAGCACUCGGCCGCAGCUCGCAAGCGCCGGAAAAAAGCUAGAGAGACAGAGCACACACUGAGCUCCCCACUGCAGGAGUACUAUGUGGACUACAAGCCCACCAAUUCGGAGGCCAUGGACGUGCUUGUCAACGGGACUGGCUCCUGCACCUGCACCAUCUCAGGCUCCAGGGAAUGCGAGGUCCCGCACCAGAUGGGCACGCUGGCGUAUUACCGGUACGAGCAGCCUAUCGUGGACUACUGCCAGGCCCAUCAGCCCCUGCGGCUCAACAUGGGCUAUGAGGGUCCCCCGCAGGGCCUGGAGGAGCUGGGGCCACGUGAGAGAGCCACCAUACAGACUGUAGCGCUGCCCGCUGUGCCCUCUGCUGCCACUGUGGGGGCCAGGCCCCGCUCACCGCCCUCUAUCCUCAGAGCCCCGUCCCAGGGCCUCGGUGGCCCCUUCCCUCCCCCAGAGCGCACCACCACGCUCACCUUCGGACGCUAACAACUGGAGCGAGAGUCUGUCAUUUGAGGUGG